UAAGCCAGAUUUCUAUUUUUAAUAAAAUGAAGUUAUUGAUCGUUCUGUGUUCCGUUGUAAGUGUAAGCUUGGCCUUUCCAGGGAUGUUCAACAGAAGAGAAUCUCCACCAAUCGUGACAGAAGUUCUUCCUACAAAUUCUUCUAUUGUGAAUAAGAGGAAUUCAAUUGAAAAGAGAAUGGAUGACGUACAAGGGGCUUUUGCUGCAAUUGACGCUGACCGCAAUGGUCACAUCAGUAGCGAAGAAUUUUCUACCUUUUUUGUGUAUGUAUAUGCUGGUAUGCCUGACCAUGAACACAGCAAAUCUGAGUGGUCAACUAUUUUCAACAAAGUUCUGACUCUUGUUGACAUAAACGAAAAUAACAAAUUGGAAAUGGGAGAAUUUCGAGAAUUUUCAGUUAUGGACAUGCCAGAAUUGUAAAGAGUUCUCAUCGAUUGAGCACUCACUGUCUUCCAUUUUUAAUAUAUGAAAAAAG